AUGCCUCGCAAGCAGGCCCAGUUGCGCGGCCCCAAAGACCGAGACUCGCAGCAGAGCAGGACGCAGAACAGGUCGCAGAACAAGACCACGAAGAGAAAGGCCGGAAAGGGCUUGGAUGCGCUCGCCAUCGCUGAGGCUGAAUACCCUAUUGACCCCCGGAUCCGACGAAGCCGUCUAGGCGUAGGCGACGAUGACGAUUUCUCUAAGCGCAAACGAGACGACGCAGACGGACCGGAUACCAAGCGUCGCAGAACGGGCGAAGACGACUCGAGCGAUAAUGAUGGUAGCGAUGCCGAUGGUCGUGAGUGGAAGAUAGGCGAAGUCGACAGUGAUGAUGACGAGGAACUGGAUAGUGACGAGGCUAUGGGUUCGAGUGAUGAUGAACUUUUCGAGGGCUUCGCAUUCCGCGGAAGCUCUACCACGAAGUCGAAGCCGAAUCCGAAACAAAAGAAAGAGAAAAAGACUCGCCAACUCAAUUUGUCCGAGGAUGUCGACGAGUCGGACGAAGAAAUGAACGAUAACGAAGAGGAUGGCGAUGAGGAGGACGAUGACUUGGGAGAAGAUGCCGUCGAUCUUCUGACUGCUUGGGAUAUGAACACAGCAGCAGAGGAAGAAGCUGCCAAGAAGGCUGCCGCAAAGGCUAAGAAGGCCGCGACUGACGACUACGAUGAGGAGUCCGGCUCACAAGACGAAGACAGUGACGAUGAAUCCAGUGAAGACGACGACGCCCUGUCGGUAUCAGAUGACGAUGCGGAUGUCGGAAACGAACACGGCCUUUCGAGAUUACAAGACUUUGUAAAUUCAAUGGAGACCGAUGCCACCAGCAAACCAACAAAAAAGAAAGGUUCUGCGCAGGAACAGAGCAAACCUACAGAAUACGGGUUGACAUCCUCGAAGAAAUUGACCGUGGCCGACCUUCUACCCUCGAUUUCGGAUUCCCGCCUGAAGAAUUCAUUGAAGCAUGUCGAUUCCACGACCGAUCAUAAACAGUCAUCUGGUAUUCCUGGUAAAUUGGAUGCGCCCGCUCCUAAACGCCAGCAGGACCGAAUGGAUCGGGAAGCCGCUUACGAGAAGAGCAAAGAGACUAUGGAUCGCUGGCUUGAGACUGUCAAGGCGAACCGGAGAGCUGAACACCUUGUUUUCCCUCUUCCAAACCCUGAUGCACAACUGGUACACAAACUGGACGCUCCUAAGCCACAAAACGACCUUGAGUCCACCAUCCAGAACAUCCUGGUCGAGAGUGGUCUUGCAACUACACAAGGAAAGUCCAAUGAAGAUGAAGUCAAGGAGUUCGAGGAGUUGGAGGGGCGGAAGUUGCCCAUCGAGGAGAUCCGGGCUCGCAGAGCGGAGCUCCGCAAGCGCCGCGAACUUAUGUUCCGGGAAGAAGUACGUGCCAAGCGGAUCAAGAAGAUCAAAAGUAAAUCCUACCGCCGUGUUCAUCGGAAAGAGCGGGAAAGGCUGGAGCAGCAAGAAAGACAGGCCCUUAUUGACGCUGGCGUCGACUUGGACGAGGAAGAGAAGGAGAAGAUGGAGCGGCAACGAGCGGAGGCUCGCAUGGGCUCGAAGCACAAAGAUAGCAAGUGGGCGAAGAGUCUCAGACAAACUGGCCGCACAGCUUGGGACGAGGAAGCCCGUCUAGGCGCUGCUGGUCAGGCAUUGAAGGAAGAAGAACUACGGAAGAGGAUUGAAGGCAAGCGUGUGUCUAAUGGUGAUGAUGACUACCUGGAUCCAUCCAGCUCGGAAUCUGAAGAUGAGGAUCCUUGGGCAGAAAAUGGCUCUGAUGUUGAAAAGGAGAAGAUCCGCAAGAAGAUCUCUGCACUCGAGGGUGGUGAUGCAGGGGAAGAGUACAAAGGACCACAUGCGAAGCUUCUCUCUAUGAAGUUCAUGCAGAAUGCGGAUGCCGCACGUAAAGAACAGAAUGACGCAGAGCUCCGGAAACUAAGUCGGGGCCUUCAAGGUGGUGAAGAGUCACAAUCUGAGGCAGAGUCGGAAGUCGGCCGACGGAAGUUCGGUCAGAGCAAGACUGAGGAACCAGAGCGAAAACCGGAGCCAUUCCGCAAGAAUGAGUUGGAAGAGGCACCUGAUUCGGACGAUGAAGAUGCUGUUGAGUCAAGGGCAGCCGAGAUGACUCAGGAGACCAGCAAGCCUAAGCCGUCCGCACGCCCAGCCAAGAAAGAAGCACCUGCACGUAUCUCAAACAACGCCUCGAAGCAGCAGGAAACUGUUGAUGAAGUGGAGGAGAACCCAUGGCUGGUGCAGACGAACCGCACUAACCGGAAAGCGAAUGUCAACGACUCAAACCAGUCCGUUGAUAUCUCGAUCAACGACGCACCCGCCCGCGCACCCGCCCCCAAGUCCUCCAACGUUAGCAAAGAUCAGAAGUCAAAGGCACCACCUGCUAAGAAGCCGCAAAUAGCCGAAGAUGCUGGCAGCGAUGACGAAGACCAAGUGCCGGUCCUUCUGAAGAACCAUGACCUCGUGAAGAAGGCAUUUGCCGGAGACGAGGUGGUACAGGAGUUUGAGCAAGAAAAGCUAGACACCAUCGAAGACGAAGGUGACAAGGUGGUCGACAACACGCUUCCCGGAUGGGGAAGCUGGGCUGGCGAAGGUGUCAGUAAGAAGCAACAGAAACGGCAAAAGCGUAAUCUUACUACAAUUGAGGGCGUGAAGCCUGAGCAGCGCAAGGACGCGAAGCUCUCGAAGGUCAUUAUCAACGAGAAGCGCCAGAAGAAGAACAACAAGUAUAUGGCUUCUCAACUCCCUCACCAGUUCGAGACCAAGCAGCAGUACGAACGGUCUCUGCGUCUCCCCAUCGGUCCCGAAUGGACCACCAAGGAGACUGUCCAGAACGCCACCAAGCCCCGCAUCAUGAUCAAACAGGGUAUCAUCAAACCCAUGGAGAAGCCCAUGGUCUGA